GGUAGAUCGGUAAGAAUAUUGACGCCGUUGAUGUCACCAAUUAAUCUGACUAAAACCAAUCAAGGGUUUAUUCAUUGAGCAUGCCCUUCUAAUCAAUUAAUUGUUUGGUGUCCCUCUCUCAGCCGCAUAUAUACCGGUAUCGCCAGAAGGAGCCGAAAAGGGUAUUUCUAAUUAUAGUCACCAGUCUGUCUAAGUAACGCUGAGUAGAUUGUGGCUUAACGGGGGUAACUUGAGACCAAGACCCUGUAAUUAGGUGUAACCAUGUCUUGAUGCUCCUUCUGAAUUAGGACAUCCUUAACUCAUCAGCAACCCCUAUAUGGAUUCAUAUAAAUAAGGCCGAGAUGUCGCGCUCAUUGUGGUUUGGAUUUAGAAACUACAAGCCGAACGCCAACAGCUGUAGAUCAAGAUUCGAAGACGACUUACUAGCUCACCAUCCCGCAAAAUGUCUGUCAAAAGCCUCCUCGGACUUUCCAUGUUUCUUGGCGCAUCUGUCGCUAGAGAUGUACCCUCUAACAUCAAAAACUUCUACAACAACAUUAGGAGCCAAGGCCAAUGUGGCUCAGCGCUAGCCUCGGGUUUCUACAGCGAGUACAACGACGACAACUCCUUCAGUUACUGUGGUGACCACUUAUCGGACUCCAAGGUCAUCUACAUCACGGGAAGCAAUGGUCAAUUCGCUAACAUGGACAUCGACUGCGACGGAACGCAGGGGAGCGCUGCUGAUGACGGCCGUUGUGGAAACUCGGGCGACACUCAGUCAAUUACGUCCUUCGCCGACACUGUGAAGGGAUACGGUAAGGGCGUUAACGACCUGGACGCGAACAUCCACCCCUACGUUGUAUUCGGUAACGUCGGAUCCAAGCAGGGCUUCACCGAGUUCGACCCACAGGCGCACGGCAUCAAGCCGUUGAGUAUCAUGGCUGUCGUGUGCGGCGACAAGCUGAUCUACGGAGUCUGGGGUGACGAGAACGGCGACGAUGGUGAGAAGUCCGUUGUGGGAGAGGCCUCAAUCUCCUUGGCCACUGCUUGCUACGGAAAGUCCGUCAACGGCAACAGCGGCCACGAUGAGAACGAUGUUCUGUACCUUGCUUUCACUGGCGACGACGCCGUUCCCGGUAAGGAUGGUGCUAAGUGGAACGCGAAGAACUACGAUGAAUUCGAGUCCAGUAUCCAGAGCCUCGGUGAUAAGCUCAUCCAACGCAUCCAGGCUUAAAGGAGAAGAGUCUCGGAUGAUAAAGGAAAAGAUCACGCAGGGAUGGAUUCGGAUUGAGAACGCAAGGAAUCUUUCUCUUUGUAUAUAGGAUAACUCCGAAUAUAUUCAUGAAUGUGUCAAGUCCGAUUGAAUUUGGCUAUGGUCAUAGAACU